AUGAAUACAUUUUUAUCGACAACAACCGAUAAAGAAGUUGCUUCAAUAUUCGCUGGUGAUGGUGCAAAUCUUCCGUCAUAUGAGCGUUCUGUUCUAUUUGAAAUGACUAUUGACACCACUCACUGUUAUAAAUCCAAGCCGCUUGCUGAUGUUAGCAAACGUAGUCAUAUGAAAGAUGAAAAUGAAAUUCUUCUAUCGAUGGGUACAAUUUCUCAAAUCUCCUCUAUUGAUAUUGAAAAUAAUGUGUGGUUUGUAAAACUCAUACUUACGGGACAAGAAGAUAAACGGUUAAUUCAACUCAUUGAUUAUCAAAAAAUGUUACUGAGAGAAAAAGAAACUGUAGUACUUUUAGGAAUAUUUUUACAAGACAUGGGAGAGGUCGAAAAAGCAAAACGUUAUUACAAUCUUGUAUUAAAGGAUCUGCCGGUGGAUUCUGUGGAUGUAUCAUCUGUUUAUAAUAAUCUUGGUGCAAUAGCUAAGGACGAAUAG